CAGGAACAGGAGUAGUUUUGGUAGUAGCAGCCGAUAUUAUGUGUACGUGGUAGUUUAAACUGUUUUCUCCUCAAUAAAUCAACAUAUCAGAUACCCGACGGACAUCAUUCAGAGACCGACGAUGCCUCCGCGAAACCAAGAUUUCGGACUGAAAAAGUCUGGAGGGGCCAGGAGCGGGUCCGUGAUUAACUUCAGACAAACUGUUAACUCCGGCUCUUUACGCCGCAGCUCUGCUGUCUUGCCAUCGGUGCUGACGUUUGCUGUGAUCGUGGCGUCCGGGGGCCUUCUGCUCAUGAUAGAGAAAGGAAUGCUGAAUAGUAUGGAGACACCACCACCUCGGGGAUACAGCAAGAGGUCAGGCUACCUCAGACAAACCCGACAUCUUGAACCAGCUGUGGACGCAGAAUCCCAGGUAAACGGAAGCCAGUCUGUAAGAUUCCCAGUAGCCUACCACUUGAUUUGGCGCGAUAUGAUUUGGAAGAAUAUGACUUUAAAAUACCUUAGUUGGCCUACAGAUGUAUUCAUUUCCAAAUUACUUAUUAUUACUCCAUUAUUCAUGUUUUUGUCACAGGAUACUUUGUGUAAACAAAUAAUGUAGGCUAUUACUUCAACAUCAUGUAAAAAAAAAAAAGUACAUGUUGCAAUCUCGUCAUGAAAUGUUAGGCCUUGCUUGAGCACUACAGAUAUUUAAUAGAAAUCAAAUGCUAUUUGCCCAUGAAAAUGUCAUGGGAUGCAUUUGCUACAUCGUUUACAUUUUCUUAGUGGUCUACUCUGAUGGAAUACAUAUCAUAACAUGCUGUGUAGGAAUUAGAUUGACUCCAGUGAUAUUGUAUUAUUAUUUUGUAAGUCUUACGUAAUACUAGUUUAUGUAUUUUUUCUUUUCUUUUACAUCUUCCCCAAACCCCAUUCAGAUUCUCCAGGAGAUCCGUAACCGCACCAUCCGGACCAUGUGUGGUCAGAAGAACAUGCCCCACAGUGUGUGGUCCCUGAGCCCCCUGCAAAGGAAAACCCUGCUGCAGCACAUCCUGGUGAACGACGAGCACCGCUUCCUCUACUGCUAUGUCCCCAAGGUGGCCUGCUCCAACUGGAAGAGGGUUCUGAAGGUCCUGAGUGGGGCUCUAGAGAAUGUGGAUGUCAACAUUAAGAUGAACCACAAGAGUGACCUGCUCUUCCUGUCCUCCCUGAAGCCUGAGGAGAUCCGCUACAGGCUGAAACACUACUUCAAGUUCAUGUUUGUCAGGGAACCUAUGGAACGCCUGCUCUCCGCUUACAGGAACAAGUUUGGGGAGAUCAAGGCAUACCAGGAGAAGUACGGUGCUGAGAUCAUCAGGCGCUACAGAAAGGGCCAUGCCAAGGAUACAGCAGUGGCUGGGGAUGAUGUGACCUUUGCUGAGUUUGUGCGCUAUCUGCUGGAUGAGGAUGUGGACCGCAUGAAUGAGCACUGGAUGCCCAUCUACAACCUGUGCCAGCCAUGUGCCGUGUCCUAUGACUUCAUUGGCUCCUAUGAGCAUCUGGAGAGUGAUGCGGACUAUGUGCUACAACGUAUUAGUGCACCUCCACAUGUCCACUUCCCUGAGAGACAGACGUGGUACAAGCCUGUCACCAAGGAGACGCUGCACUAUUACCUGUGCAGUCUGCCUCAGAAGCUUCUCAGGGAACUCCUGCCCAAGUACAUUCUAGACUUUUCCCUGUUUACUUACCCCCUCCCCAACACAACCACUGAAUACUGCAGACAUUAACUGCAAGAUGGUAUUUUAUACUUGAAAAUUAUUAUUUUUAUACAGUAUCUUGUUACACAUUCGCCAUUUAUUUUUUAUUCCGAGGGAACAAGCAGUAUUUUGAUAUGUUACUUUUUACAUUAGAUUUGUUACAGCAUUGGGAAACAUGAAUGUGUUUGA